UCCUUUUUGAAUGCGGCUUCUGUUAUUACAAUAAUUCUGGGAUUUUAAUGUUUUACUAAGACAUGUUCUAUGAUGUUCUUUUCGAUUGCUUAUCCCAUAUAUGGAAGAAGAUUAAGUUUACAGUUUUCAUUUGAGUUUUUCUGGGUAAUUCCAAACGACAAAAACCUAGAUAUUUAUAAAGCAUUGCUUUAUAUAAUUUAUGUGCGAAGGUGAAUUAACAUUGAUAAAGAAAACUUGGUUAAAUUGAAAGGAGUUUAAUGAUAAAUUUGCAGGUGGGGUGCCUUGAAUUCUGUUGCAGUUUAUUUGCUCAUUGUUCUUUUUGGAUUUUGAAGGAAUUUGGAGACAGUCUUUCGGAUUUUCCUUCAGUUGGACUUAAAAGGACCAACAAUAUUGGUAAAGGAGAUUCAGCCAUCACCAUGGAUAAAGGAUGCAAUAAGUUCAGUAGGAAGAAUUCAAUAAACUUGAGGAAUAGCGAGCCUGGACAAUUAAUUCUUGAAACGAGGCUUUCAUUCAAGAAUCCUGUACAAGACAUCAGAAAAUCAGAAUAUGAUAAUGCAAACGAAGAAGUUGAUGGUUCUACUUAUAAAUCAGUUAAUGCGGUUUCUCUCCCAAAACCUGUUAUUAUGUUUUCACCACGACCUGUUGGUGAGCUUGAUGCUGCUGCCAUCAAGCUUCAAAAAGUAUACAAGAGCUACAGGACUCGAAGAAACCUUGCAGAUUGUGCAGUUGCAAUAGAAGAGCUAUGGUGGAAAACCUUGGACUUUGAGGCUCUCAAGCGAUGCUCUGUGUCUUUCUUCAAUAAUGAGAAACCAGAAACUGCUGUUUCACGGUGGGCUAGAGCUAGGACGAGAGCAGCCAGGGUUGGAAAGGGAUUGUCUAAGGACGAGAAGGCUCAACAACUUGCCACACAGCGCUGGCUUGAAGCUAUCGAUCCAUGCCAUAGGUACUGGCACAAUUUACAUCUCUAUUAUGAUAUAUGGUUCAAAAGCGAAAGCCUACAGCCUUUCUUUUACUGGUUGGAUGUUGGAGAUGGAAAAGAACUAAAUCUUGACGAGUGCUCACGGGCCAAUUUGGAAUGGCAAUGCAUCAAGUAUCUGGGACCAAAAGAGAGAGAAUCAUAUGAAAUCGUGGUUGAAAAUGGGAAACUUGUGUACAAACAGAGUGGUUCCACCUUGAACACGGUUGAAGGUUCAAAAUGGAUAUUCGUUCUUAGCACAACAAGAAUUCUGUACGUAGGCAAGAAGAAGAAAGGUCUUUUUCAGCAUUCAAGUUUUCUUUCUGGUGGGGCCAUUACAACAGCUGGAAGAUUGGUUGCUCAUGAUGGUGUGCUUAAGGCAAUUUGGCAAUGUAGUGGUCACUAUCAGCCAACAGAGGAGAGCUUCAGCGAACUCAUAAACUUCCUGGAGGAUCACGGCGUAGAUCUUGCUAAUGUAAAGGAAAUUUGAUGUGGUGUAGAAGGAAUUAGAUUUCAUGAAAAAGUGGGAUUGGCGCAAGUAGAAAUAAGCAACUUCCUGAUUUUUGGAGAAACAUUGGGGUUGUCCAUUUUUGGUGAAAUUUUAGUCAAUUUUGGGGAAAUUCCUUCGUUUAAGAGUUUUUUCCAUUUUUUUUUUUUGUAAUUGUUUUCUCAUAUCUCAAUCAAAUAAAUUCAGAUUUGAAUUCCGUUUGUUGGAAGAUAAUCUUGAAGAUAAGGACUUUCAAUU